AUGAAGAAAGAAAAAUUAGUUGAUGUAUGGGGAGAGAAAGAUGCCGAAAUGAUUGAUAAUGUAUUAGCAAUGGAUCCAUUUUUAAAUCUACUACUGGAAAAUGGAGACCAUAUAGCAAUACUGAAUAUUGGUGGACGUUUACGCAUGAAAAGAUACAAAGACAAUAUCAAAUACUUCGAUAAUUUCGACGAAACACAAUUCUUCAACCAUGAAAAUCUAUGGUCGGACAAGCAGUUAAUCCUAUAUGAAAAAUACUCUAGUUUGAAUAUUUAUAACCCCCAAACACUACAGCUACAAAUCACUCUACCAUUCCCUCACUUCACCAUAUGGGAUAUGCAAUGGAAUCUUCAACACUCUCAACUCAUCAUCAGGGGUGGAAAGGAUUACUGCUUAGUAACCCACGUGAAAAAGACAUGA